CCUAUUGUGACGCGGGCCACCCGGUUACCCAGGCGGCGGAGGUCCGGGUGGAGCUCUGGAGCCAUGGCUGAGCCGCAGGAGCAGCUGCUACAGCUGCAGAAGGACAACCGAGAUGGCCGCCUGCGGAAGCAAGAGCUGGAGGAGCUGGUGCGUGGGCUGGAAGCCGAGAGCGAGAGCCUCACCGGGCGCCUGGAGGAGCUGCGGGAGCUAGAGCGCAGACCAAUCUCCCCCACCCCCGCCCCCACGCCGUGUAGCCUGCAGCGGAGACGAAGUCAAGCGUCGCGAGCUAUUCGAGGGGAGGCACGCGAGGUGGCGCGGGAGCGUGCGGAACGGGCUCGGGGGCUGCUGGAGGCGGCGGAGCAGCACCGGCAGGACCUGGAGCAACACAAUCGGAAGCUGCAGGAACAGUGGGAGGAACUGUCCAGCCAGCUUUUCUACUACGGAGGGGAACAGCUGAGUCAACAGCGAGCGGAGCAGCAACUCGGGACUCAGCUUGUGAAGCUGCAGGUUCUUGACAUCACUCGAAUCCUCCUGAAGAAACAUCUGGAGCUGGCGGAGGCCAAAUUCAACAUGCAGGCAGAGGACCUGCGGCAGGGUGCGCAGCGGACGGAAGAGGCCUGGGCCAGCUUCCAGGAGCAGAGUGGAGUCCUGCAGGAGCUGCAGGGAAAGGUGAUGGAGGCAGCAGCUGCACUGGAGGCUACGCGCAGUGGCUCAGAACCGUGGAACUCACAGCCUCGUCCGGUGCAGGAUUGCGCGGGCUCGCUCAUGGAGGAGGUGGCCAGGGCUGACUGCGAAAAGCGACUGUUCGGCGGUGCGGGCGCGGGGAGCCUCAGGCUGUGGGCGCUGAGCGCACUGCAGACGCUGCUGCUGCUCCCGCUGGGUUUCCUGGUGCUGCCGCUGAUCUACGUGGCGCUGGCGAAGCCUGACGCCAUCGGCCCGGGGCUCCAGAAUCUCGGCUCCAACUCGGUCUUCCGCCGGCUACGUUACACGCUGUCGCCUUUGCUUGAGCUGCGUGUGCGCGGACUGCUGCCUGCCUAAAGUGCAUCAAUGCCGGCUUCGGCCGCCUGCA